GUUGUAAGGUUUAACAUAAAGCACUGAUGUAAAAUGACCGGGUGGUAUGCUGUUAUGGAAACACUAAGCUGUCUUUAAAAAUUGAAUUGAAAAUAACAAACGAAUGAAGCAGACGGAAGAAAUGAUAGGCUAUAGCUGCUGUUUUUAGGUCUGUGUGUCAGAGGCGGUUCAUUCGUGUUGUAGUUCCGGGUUUUACUGGGUAGCUCCGGUGGCAGAGCAUCACUCCACUGCAACGACAUAAACAUUCACUAGUGAUCAAAUAACUGGCUUCGUUUGAUGAAACACAUGGUUUAUGCAUUGUAGUUGAAACCGAGGGAAUGGAAGGGAGGAUGACUGCGGCGGCAGCGCAACUAUCAGAGACAGAGAUCCAACAUCGGUCUAUGGCAGAGGAGGAUCCUAACGGGAAUGAGCAUGGUGCGGCUGCCCGCAGCACGGCGCCUCGCUGGGGACCGCAGCACGCCGGGGCCCGAGAACUUGCCAAACUGUAUUCUCCUGGAAAGCGACUGCAGGAGUGGAUCAGUGUGGUCCUGUGCCUCUCUCUCUUCAUCAUCAACCUCUCCUUCCUUCUCCUCAACUUCUCCACUGUGCACAUCUACAAAAUCGUCUUUGGCAUCCUAACAGGGAUAGUGACGGCAGACUUUGCCUCGGGGAUCGUCCACUGGGGGGCAGACACCUGGGGCUCUGUGGACAUCCCUGUUAUUGGGAAGGCGUUCAUCCGUCCGUUCCGGGAACACCACAUCGACCCCACAGCCAUCACGAGGCAUGAUUUCAUCGAGACCAACGGGGACAACUGCAUGCUCUCCAUACUGCCUUUGGCACACAUGGCCUACAAGUUCCUGACCUACCAGCCAGAUGCCGUGGCAGAGACCUACCCCUGGGAGUGCUUUGUGUUUGCGCUGGCAGUCUUCGUCACGUUGACCAAUCAGAUCCAUAAGUGGUCUCACUCCUACUUCGGUCUCCCCCGCUGGGUGACGCUGCUGCAAGACUGUCACUUGGUGUUACCCCGGAAACACCACCGUAUCCACCACGUGUCCCCUCACGAGACCUACUACUGUAUCACCACAGGGUGGUUGAACUAUCCCCUGGACAAGGUGGGCUUCUGGCGAAAGAUGGAGAGGUUGAUAGAGAGUGUGACCGGUCAGAAACCUCGUAGCGAUGACAUGGAAUGGACCAAGAAAAUGGAGUGAUGAGCUCUUUCCUCUCUCCAGACCAGCAAGAUGGUGGAGGGUGGUGGAGGGCGGGGAAGUUGAGAACUAAGGGUAGGAUUGGACUGAAGGAACUUCUGCCGCUUUAAACCCUACUCCUGUAACUCUCGCUUAGCCCUAAUAUAAUAACACACCCACGUCCCUCCUGGUGUUGGCAUAGCACCUCAGCAAUGACACUGUUAAUGCGGCCUUCUAGAUACUUCCAUGAUCCAUCCGGCCUUUACUUUUGUUCGCUAUUUGAGAACCAGUCCACACUCUCAAAGACGCCGCUUGCAAUAGUAGGUUCACUGGCAGAUCCGGGGUUGACAAUGAAGAUUGAUGUCCUUUUUGUGACCCCAUUUCCCUCUACUGCUCAUCCUCCUUUUCCAUGGGCUUGUCUCGCCUUGCAUCUGAGCCAAUGAGCUGUCAUUUUACUAUGUCAGUGUAAGAGGGUUUCUGGAGGAUGGGCUCUCCAGGGGACUUUUGUUUUUCAGGCAUUGUCUUACAUGACCUAGAGAAUGAGGUUGUCAUCUGCAUGAUCCGUGUUCAGCUUGAUGUAAGAAGGCGCUCAUGGAUCAGCCUAUUGCCUACAGUAUGUAUUGGCUUUUAAUGGAUGGCUUGUAUUUGUUUGGAUCAGUAGAAUUUAUUUUGAUCAUCCAUUAAAAGUCAUUGACUCAAACCAUAUGUGGCAGUUUUCCCAGAUUCUUCCCUAAGCCUAUUCUCUUUACUGUAGGAGCUGAGAGUAAUAAAGGAUCAGACAGUUAAAGGCCAUUCCAUGAUCAGAACUCCAUGAUUUGUCAAACAUUGUCUCGUCUUUGUCAAUAUCUGCACUUUACUAACUUACCCGUUACUGUGUUUAUAAAAAGCAGUCCUGUCAGUAGGGACUGACAAACACACAGAUACACACUGAAGUCCUAGUUAAAAAAUGAAAUGUUUUUUUUUUCUGACUUCUUUACUGGCCGCAAUUGUACGUAUUCUCUUUUGGUUAUCUGUCUGGCUUUAUAAUGUUAUAUUUUUUAUAUUAACAAUCAGCCUUCUGACUUUCCAUCAUGCAGCUGUUGCUCACUGCUAGCCUUAAUUUGUUUCUAUGCUGUAUUAUUUAAUAAAGCGUUGUUAAUUGAACUGAA